AUGACAUCUCCGGCCUGCAUCUUCUGCAAGAUCAUCAAGGGUGACAUCCCAUCCUUCAAAAUCUUCGAAAGCGACAAGGUCUUUGCAUUCCUCGACAUUCAGCCCUUGAGUCGCGGGCACGCUCUCGUCAUCCCCAAAUAUCACGGCGCAAAACUCGUGGAUAUCCCGGAUGAGUAUUUGACUGAGCUUCUGCCCGUCGCGAAGAAAAUCGUCGUAGCAACCGGUGCUGAAGAUUUCAAUGUCUUGCAGAACAACGGCCGUGCUGCGCAUCAGCUUGUUGAUCACGUUCAUUUUCAUGUGAUCCCAAAGCCGAACGAGACUGAAGGUCUCGGAAUCAAAUGGCCCGCUCAGGCGACUGAUAUGGACAAACUCAAGGCCUUGUUUGAGGAGCUCAAGAGCAAGAUGUAA